AUCAUCCCUCAUUUGUUUAUCAAACCAAAAAACCUAAUCCCAUCCAUCCGGUCAUAUAUUCUCUCAGCACCAAAUAGGAUAAUAAUUAAUUCAAUAAAUAAAUAAAUAAAUGACAACCAUUUCUAUUGUUGCCUCUGCGUUUGAUGCAAUUUGAUUGAUUUAUCGGUUUGAAAGAGAAGAAAGAAAGAUGAUGACAAUGGAGGGUAUGAUUGACGAAGGUGUGUUGGAUGAUAUAAUCCGGCGUCUAUUGGAAGGGAAAGGAGGUAAACAGGUUCAGCUUUCCGAGGCGGAGAUCCGCCGCCUCUGCGUCAACGCCCGCCAAAUCUUCCUCUCUCAGCCCAAUCUCCUCCAGCUCCGCGCCCCUAUCAGGAUCUGCGGUGACAUACAUGGACAGUACCAAGAUCUUUUGAGGCUGUUUGAAUACGGUGGGUACCCACCGGCUGCAAAUUACCUCUUUCUAGGAGAUUACGUUGACAGAGGCAAGCAGAGUUUGGAAACAAUAUGCCUUCUAUUGGCUUACAAAAUAAGGUACCCCGACAAAAUAUUCCUCUUAAGGGGAAACCACGAAGACGCCAAAAUAAACCGUAUUUAUGGAUUUUACGACGAAUGUAAGAGGAGAUUCAACGUUCGUCUUUGGAAGAUAUUCACCGACUGCUUUAACUGUUUGCCUGUUUCUGCAUUAAUCGACGAAAAGAUUAUAUGCAUGCAUGGUGGACUUUCUCCGGAGCUGAAGAGUUUGGAUCAGAUUAAUGAGAUUGUUAGGCCCACUGAAAUCCCGGAUAACGGUCUUCUUUGCGAUAUGCUAUGGUCCGAUCCUGACCCCAGGACCGUCGGUUGGGCUGAUAGUGAUAGGGGCGUUUCGUGUACUUUUGGCCCCGAUGCAGUUGCUGAGUUUUUGGAGAAAAAUGAGUUGGACCUCAUUUGUAGGGGCCAUCAGGUUGUGGAGGAUGGUUACGAGUUCUUUGCUAAAAGAAGACUCGUCACUAUAUUUUCGGCUCCAAAUUACGGUGGAGAAUUUGACAAUGUUGGAGCACUUCUAAGCGUCGAUGAAUCACUGGUUUGUUCAUUUGAGAUACUAAAACCUGCAGCAGGCACUUCCAAGGUGCCUCUGAAAAAGCCUCCGAAAAUCGGAGGUGCCUAAUAGAAGCAGGAAUUGUAUAUGAAAGAUUUGUCACCGUGACUUGGAAGGAACUGCAUGCGUAAUAUAUCGAGGUACCCCCUUAGCGUUUUAGAAAAAUUGAAGCAGUGUUUGUUUAUUUUAUUUAAUUUCGGGUAGUAAUAUCGAGCAAGUGCUUGAGAAAUUUUUAAAGCACAUUUGCUGUAAUGUGUUUGAAGUUUAUUUUUAGUUGUGUACAUCCAUUGUGACUACUGUGUGGCUUUUGUCUUCCGUUUGUAGCAUACUCAUCUGUGCAGCUCUACUUGUAGGGUAAAAUUUUAGUUUAUAAGACAAUCAUCGUUAUUCUCUUACGGUGGAGUUUUUUAGGGUGUUUCGUCUCUCGUACAUAGAUUGUCUGAAUUUUUUUAAGGGUUAUUGCACCUAUGUUUUGUACACUUUUAUUUUAUUUUAUUUUAUUUUUUA